CGCCCCGCGCCGCGCCGCUCGCCGCGGUGCUAGCACUGACGUGUCUCUCGGCGGAGGUGCUGCGCUCCGGAGCGGGCUGGGCCGCGGGCAGUGUCACCUCACUUGGAGUGGAGCGGAGCCCAAGCGGGACCCGGAGCCUGCGCAGCCGCCGCCAUGGCUAUCAAAUUUCUGGAAGUCAUCAAGCCCUUCUGUGUCAUCCUGCCGGAAAUUCAGAAGCCGGAGAGGAAGAUUCAGUUUAAGGAGAAAGUACUGUGGACUGCCAUCACCCUCUUCAUCUUCUUAGUAUGCUGCCAGAUCCCCCUGUUCGGGAUCAUGUCUUCGGAUUCAGCUGACCCUUUCUAUUGGAUGAGAGUGAUCCUAGCCUCUAACAGAGGCACGUUGAUGGAGCUGGGUAUCUCUCCCAUUGUCACUUCCGGCCUCAUCAUGCAGCUCCUGGCUGGCGCCAAAAUAAUUGAAGUUGGUGACACCCCGAAAGAUCGAGCCCUCUUCAAUGGAGCUCAGAAGUUGUUCGGCAUGAUCAUCACCAUCGGCCAGUCCAUCGUGUACGUGAUGACAGGGAUGUACGGAGACCCUUCUGAGAUGGGUGCUGGAAUCUGCCUGUUAAUCACCAUCCAGCUCUUCGUUGCUGGCUUAAUUGUCUUGCUCUUGGAUGAACUUCUGCAAAAAGGGUACGGCCUGGGCUCUGGGAUUUCCCUCUUCAUUGCCACUAACAUCUGUGAGACCAUCGUGUGGAAGGCGUUCAGCCCCACCACCGUCAACACCGGCCGAGGAAUGGAAUUCGAAGGUGCCAUCAUCGCGCUGUUCCACCUGCUGGCCACCCGCACCGACAAGGUCCGGGCCCUGCGUGAGGCCUUCUACCGCCAGAACCUCCCCAACCUCAUGAACCUGAUCGCCACCAUCUUUGUCUUCGCAGUGGUGAUCUACUUUCAGGGCUUCCGCGUGGACCUGCCCAUCAAGUCAGCCCGCUACCGUGGCCAGUACAACACUUACCCGAUCAAGCUGUUCUACACGUCCAACAUCCCCAUCAUCCUGCAGUCGGCGCUCGUGUCCAACCUGUACGUCAUCUCGCAGAUGCUGUCCGCCCGCUUCAGCGGCAACCUGCUCGUCAGCCUGCUGGGCACCUGGUCUGAUACGUCUUCCGGGGGUCCCGCACGUGCUUACCCAGUUGGUGGCCUAUGCUAUUACCUGUCCCCCCCGGAGUCAUUCGGCUCGGUGCUAGAAGACCCAGUCCACGCUGUGGUGUACAUCGUGUUCAUGCUCGGCUCAUGUGCGUUCUUCUCCAAAACGUGGAUCGAGGUCUCGGGCUCCUCCGCCAAAGACGUGGCCAAGCAGCUGAAGGAGCAGCAAAUGGUGAUGAGGGGCCACCGAGAGACCUCCAUGGUCCAUGAGCUCAACCGGUACAUCCCCACCGCCGCAGCCUUUGGCGGGCUGUGCAUUGGGGCCCUCUCCGUCCUGGCCGACUUCCUGGGCGCCAUCGGGUCUGGAACCGGAAUCCUGCUUGCCGUCACCAUCAUCUACCAGUACUUUGAGAUCUUCGUGAAGGAGCAGAGUGAGGUCGGCAGCAUGGGCGCCCUUCUGUUCUGAGCCCCAUCUCCCCGGAUCAGGGAGAAGGAAGGGAGCCACGAGACUCCCCAUAGGGAGCACUGCCGUGGCACCGCGACUCUGGUCUCUUGAUGGUUUUGAAUUUCCUAUUCUUGCAUUCCACUUUGUAAAGUGCUAGGAUUUUUCCAGUUUGAAAUUUUGCUUUUUAUUCUGGCCUUGGCAGGAGGAAUUGUAGAACGGAGGUUUUAUUGAGCUGACUGCCAGAGGUGGGGGUGGUGAGUGACCGUCCCCAAGCGUCCACGUCACUGUUGUUUUAACCUUCACACCUGCUCAGUGCCAUCGGCGGCUGCAGUGGUCUGAGCUGUGCCCCCGCCGUGGGGCCAUCCCGUCGGUUCGAAGCACAAAUCCUGUGGCGGCGUCUGCAUUGAGGCCGCAGGGCACGAGGCCAAGAGCAAAUUGCGCUUUCUGGCUGGCGGGCUCACUAGUGAGUCCUUUUCACAAUCAGGGGUAGGACUAUCUGGCUCAAAACUGUUUUUCCUGGAAAACACAAUUGUUUUCCCUUUUUAUAAGUAGUUUUUUAGGACUUCUUCCAAAAGAAAGGGAUGGAUUUUUCCAGAAGACGCCCACUGUUGAUUUUUCUGCAUGUGCCUGUUGACUGUUCGCAUUGACUGUUCUAGUCGGGCUUCGAGGCUGAGGAGUCGGCUUGGCUGCCCCGUGUCUGUCUGUAGUCGGCGUGUGUCCUCCAAGCAAGCGAGGCCAGGGCUCCCAGCCUCAUGGCCUUGUGCCUGACCAAGCCAGGUGGACGUUGUGUAGAGGACCCUUGAAGGGAUGUGUGUCUGUCCAGCCCUUCCGGCUGUCGCCAUGGGUCAGGCCUCGCGCUGGGCGGAGGGAAAGGUGCACAGAUGUGGAAAGGUGGCAGCUGGGCGCUCAGCACCGCCGCCUUCCGGGCUGAGAACUUCUGAUCAUGUUUUUUUAGCACUUUUUUUAAAUUGUGCCUGGGACCAAAUGCAUGUAGAGUAAGUAAGUGACCCAAUGCCACCCAUCUCCUGUCAGCUUCCAUCAGGAGCACCCAGCAAAGAGGAGGGCCUGGGCCCCAGGUCAAUGAUGAAAUCUGGAUCAGGGGGCUUAGGAUUUUUUUACUGUUUGGGGUGGGUUUGUUUUGUUUUGUUUUGUUUUUUAGUAAGUUGCUCCAGUGUUUGGUAUGAAAAGACUCCCAAUUACGUCUAAAAUGAAGUUCUGUUUGCAGUAACAGAGGACCUAGAUUUUAGGAAUUUUAAGGCCUUUAGGAAGGCUCCUCAGGGGCAGGCCGUGCUUGGCAGCAGGGACAGCAGAGUCAGGCACCGUGAACCUGAGGGGUUCUCGCUGGAAGAUGCCCCGGUCCUAGAAGGGGAGCACCCGGGGCCCUGUGGAAAGAGCUGUUGCACCAGCAGGAGGCCCACAGCGGCCUCUGAAGCCCAGAGCCACGGUCACGGUGCGGCCACUCGGGUGGCAGGGCAGUCCCGAGUCGGAGCUCCCAGGAGACCUCACUGGCGAUGCGAACCAGGACACACACUGACCAAGGGACAAAACGCAACUUGCCUGAAGCCACCCGGCAAGCCAGUGGCAGAACCAGGACGGGCCUGGCAGGCCUGUUGCCCCCCCCAGUCCAGGGCAUACCACCGCAUCACACGUGGCCUUGUCAGACCCAGUCCUGAGCAGAGACUUGACGCCUCCCUGCCUGUCGCAACACACGGUCUGCGCGACCCGCCCCCCUCCCCGGGGCAGCGCCGUGGGCACCAGCCUGGGGAGGGGGGACUCUCGUGGCUCGUGCUCUGUGGUCCGUGAUCACAGUGGGUAGGGGCCAACCCCAGCCUCCAGGGGACUGUCACUGUGGACGCCGCAAUGGCAUAACUGAGUUAAGGUGAAUAAGUGACAAAUAAAAGCCAACUUUUUACAA